UCAUUGUAGCCUUCUAUUCUUUCGAAGGAGCUGUCCUCUCGGGCUCAGUCCAGCCAGUAUGGGACGCAGAUGGAACCUCAGCAACUGGACAAAUCACCUACUCAGCAAACGGAUCAGUAUCCCGCAAAGCUUUCUGAUCCGAAGUCUAUGCCUGUUGAUACUCCGAGGCACGAAGUGCUGGAAGAGAAACGUUCACACGAGACUGAGACAGCUGGUGUUAGCGGAACUGCCAUAGGAGCGGCUCAAAUACGUGAUCAGCCGCCAAGCAAGACAACAGACAGUCAGCCAGCCAAAACUGCCGUUGUGGGAAGUGCAGGAGGCGCUGGUGAGUUAGCGAAGGAAGUGGGCGUCGAGGAAAAAGCUCGCGAUAACAAGGAAGUUCCGACACGCGGUCAGGGAGCAACCGUGCCCCAGGAGCCUGGGGAUAAAGAGCUGACAAAGAAUCAAGGCGUCGAGAAUAGGACGGGUGAUGUAGGCAAGGCGACUGGUGAUAGGGGUAGCGAUGAGGGUAUCAAACACACUGAUAAUGCUGGAGCACGCACGGGAGGUUACGAUUCCGAUUACCACCCGGCAAAGUUGCAUCCGCCGCCCAUUCAAGUUGGUGAACGCACGAGCCAGGCGAAAGCUCAGCCUGACUCUCCUAUGUCACCGGCAUCUGCGCCUCCAGCGAGCGUUGCAGACAGCUCUAAGGAACAUCGGGUGAGUUUCCUGGAUAAACUCCGAGGUGAGGCCAGAGUCAUCGCUGGGAAGAUGACUGGUAAGGAGGAUAAAGUGGAAGAGGGCAAACGGAUGAUGCAUGGCGAAGUGUAAGCUACCGCGGAGUCGCUAUUGUUUCCCAACCUGAUUCAGUAUCUCGUCGUACACGCCAAGUGUUGUAAUAUCUAGCAGGCCUGAUGAGAUUCAUCCUAUAGCAUCGUAAUAUGAAUAUGAUAUCAUUCUCUGCCAGUUAGCUAAUCGCGAGCCUUAUCUGCAAGCUGAAGCUCUCCAAGACAACCGGUACAACGAGCAGUCUGAUUGGCUGUGGCCAAUUAGUUUAGGCAUGAGUCACAACGAUGGUCGGCGAGAAACAUAUAAGUGAUUGAAACCAGUGUGCCUGAUCA